GCAACCCAAACAAACAUAUGGCUGAACAAAACAAACUUGAAGACGUCCCUAGCCACACUCCUCCUAACACCGAUCCAAACCAUUCCAUCAAUAUUCCUGACUCUGGCACCGUCGACUCCAUCGCCCCUCCCACACACGGUUCCAAAGUUGAUGAAGGUGAAGAAAAACGCUUUGGAUUUUUUGGUUUUGGUUUUGGUUGGGAUUUGUUUAUAUUGGGUUUCUUUCUACUUGGUAUCCCAUGGUUGGUUGGGGCAGUAAUAUUUUUACUUAUGAUUUGUUUCAAUGCAGACAUGCAAGACAAAUAUGGUUACCUUGCUUGUUUCAUCGGAGCUGUUGGGAUUUCACUUUUUUUGGAUAGUAUUGAAAGGGAAACUUGUACUACCAAAUGCUUUAGUCAAGGGGUGGAUUUUUCUUAGAGCCUUAUUAGAAAAUUUGUAACAUCCCUCAAAUAAAAAGAGAUUAUAUAUUUGUUAUCUAGAAUUUUGUUGAGUACCGGAUUU